ACUCACAUAGUAUUAGUAAAUACAAUACAUGUUUCAGGAUGUUUCCAAGCUGCUACAAGAACAAGAUUCCCCUCAGAUAAGGACCCUUGUUAUUUUGAUAGGGGCGGAGUUGGGCUUUCCUCAACUGCUGUGUGAGGAGGGAGGAACUCCACAUUCUUAUAAAAAGCCAGUAGAUGGGCUGACACUGUUUAGUAGACGGAGCUGACAGACUGGCUGUGGACUGUACUGCUGACCUAGAAUGGCACAAAAUGGAACAGAGAAUGGAGUGGCCGAUGGGAUCCCAGCUAUGCCUUUUCCCCAGCCUAUCAAAGUCCAGGAGAUCAGGCACACCAAGAUUUUUAUAAACAAUGAAUGGCACACAUCCAGCAGAGGAAGGAAAUUUCCAACUUUCAACCCAGCAACAGGUGUCAAAAUCUGUGAUGUGGACGAAGCAGACAAAGAAGAUGUGGACAAGGCGGUGGAGGCAGCCAAGGCAGCCAAGCAGAGAGGCUCUCCGUGGCAGAGAAUGGAUGCGUCCAGCCGGGGCAAAAUGUUGCACAAGCUGGCUGACUUGAUGGAGAGGGAUCGGCUCCUGCUGGCGACUCUGGAGACUCUGGACACAGGGAAGCCCUUCCUGCAGUCCGUCUUCAUUGACCUGGAUGGUAGCAUCAAAACCCUUCGUUACUACGCUGGCUGGACUGAUAAGAUCCAUGGCAAAAGUCUGCCUGUAGAUGAAAGCUUCAUGUGUUUCACCAAACAUGAACCUGUUGGUGUAUGCGGAGCCAUCAUCCCAUGGAACUUUCCUCUGUUGAUGUUCAUGUGGAAGAUAGCACCAGCCCUGAGCUGUGGAAACACCAUGGUCAUCAAGCCAGCAGAGCAGACCCCCCUCACAGCCCUCCAUGUUGGAUCACUCAUCAAAGAGGCAGGGUUCCCUCCUGGAGUUGUGAACAUUGUACCAGGGUUUGGUCCUACAGCAGGAGCGGCCAUCGCCAGCCACAUGGACAUCAACAAAGUAGCCUUCACUGGUUCUACAGAGGUCGGCCAGCUGAUCAAAGAAGCAGCAGCCAAAAGCAAUCUGAAGAGAGUGACUCUGGAGCUGGGAGGGAAGAACCCCUGCAUUGUUUUUGCAGACUGUGACUUGCAGCUGGCUGUGGAGGAAACACAGAAAGGUGCUUUUUAUAACCAGGGUCAGUGCUGCACAGCUGCAUCACGUGUCUUUGUGGAGGAAAGCAUUUAUGAAGAGUUUGUGCGCUGUAGUGUAGAAAAUGCCAAGAAGAUUGUUAUAGGAGACCCGCUGGACCCUCAGACAUCACACGGACCACAGAUUGACAGACAGCAGUUUGACAAGAUCAUGGAUCUGAUAGAAAGUGGGAAGAAGGAGGGAGCUAGGCUGGAGUAUGGAGGAGCAGCUGUGGGCGAGAAGAGCCUCUUCAUUCAACCCACCAUCUUCACUGGGGUCAAAGACCACAUGCGUAUUGCUAAAGAAGAGAUCUUUGGUCCAGUGCAGUGUAUAUUCAGCUUUAAGAGCCAGCAGGAGGCCAUAGAGAGAGCAAACAGCUCUCAGUAUGGCCUGGUGUCAGCAGUCUUCACUACAAGUAUGGACCGAGCUCUGUCUGUGUCUGCAGCCCUGGAGACUGGCAGUGUCUGGGUAAACUGUUAUAACGCCCUCAAUGCUCAGACUCCCUUUGGAGGGUGUAAGAUGUCAGGCUACGGACGGGAGCUUGGAGAGUAUGCUCUGGCUGAGUAUUCGGAGGUAAAAGCAGUGACCAUUAAAUUGAUUGGAACACUGUGAUGAACUGAAACUCCAGCGCUCAGCACUUCCCAUCACAUCGGGCUGUAUAACAAUUCUCUACGACCCACAUACACUACCUUCUUUGUCCUCAGUCAUGGUUGUGGUGUUGAGAUUAAGGUUAGGCCUAUAUAUUAAUUAGCUUAACCAUGAUAUCAGACUCCUUCAAAAAGUUAUAGUUUGUUCACCUUUUAUAUAAUAUACUGUAGGUGAGGAUUUACUCAACAGCUUCUGUAGUUUCAGUAAAAAAAUGUAUAACUGGUAAAGCUUCAUUUUACAGUUUUGUAUUUUCCUAAAAAUGUAUUCAGAAGUUCCCCAGAAAUAAGCAUGUGAAAAUAUAGUGAAAAUAUAGACAGUUUUCAGUUGGUACAUUUCCUAUUAAUUAAUGCCAAGUAAUUGCUGGUGUAAUCCAUAGGGCAAAAAAGGUGGAUAGUGUGCAGAUCCAACCCUAGAUGGGUACAGACAAACAAAGGAAAAGGAGAGGUCUGUCUGCACUGACAUUUGCAAGCUCCCAAGUAUAUUGCAAUGUUUCAAACUGCAAGGUCUUCAUCAGGCUGGUUUAGCCUGUGUGCAGACAGCCUCUCCUUUCCAUACAGCACUCAGGACAGCUGAACAUGCAAAAAUAUGAUAUUUUGUCUACAGCCAAGCAUACAAUUCAACAUAUAUGAAGAAUAAUAUUUCCAAUAAUAAAUGAAUACUCAAUGAAUAUUUACAUUGGUUUAAACAAAGCAGUUCUUUGUAGAAAAAUACAAAAAAUUAAAAAAACCCUCAAGGUCCUAUUAUUGGGAACAUAUUUAGAGCUUUCACCCACAUCUUUGGCCUUCAUCAGUGUAAGGAAUUUGUUCAGACAGCUGAUGUCUGUUUCUGAUGUUCAUUCAGUCUCUUGUUUGGGGUCCUUGCUGUUUCGCUGAUGUAGUGUGACACAUGUGAUGUUAUGAUGAUGUCAUACACAACUCCAGUCUUCCUCUCAAGAGCGUUCUGUCUUUAGGGUACCAGCAGAGAUGUUAAGGUGUUGCAUGGUUUGUGGUAAGUACUGACUCCUUGAGACUUGAAGACUUUGAUUAGAUGUUCUGACAGUUCUACCAUGAAAAAAAGAGUCCCACUUUAGCCAUCUGUCCACUGCAGGAACUUUCCCUAGAGGACCAAAAACCAUUUGAGGAACUCAGUUCCCCUACCUGUGUUUCCACCUGAGAGGCCAUGGUCUAAAUUAGGUUCUAGGGAGGUUGUUGUUACCCCCCAAAAAGUCCCUGCCCGGGAAGGAUUACUUUCCAAAAGUAUAGGAUGUUAUUUAUAUUUGUUUAUUUGUUAGGAUCCCCAUUAGCUGUGCCCUAAAGCACAGCUGGUCUUCCUGGGGUCCACAUUUAAAAACAUACAUUAAACAUUACAGUCAACACAACUGACAUACAUAGACAUAUUUUAGAGAAUACAAUAAAUAUAUGAGUACAACUUACACAGCAAAAAACUACAAAUCAGCAUAAGCAUAGCAUUCUACAAAUAUGUUGUUCCUAGGUGUGUCCUUAUUUGCUUUUUAAACAUUGAUUUCUGUGUUAAUUUAGUCAGUAAUAGUGGUAAAGAAUUCCAUGUUUUCAUUGCUCUAUAUACUACUGUGCAUUUAAGGAAAUUAGUAUUUGCCUUAGGAAGUGAAAACUGGCUUUCUGUUGUCUGUCUGGUGGCAUAUGUGUAUGACUCUAAAUUGUGUUUUAAUUGACUGUACUGAUAUGGAAUUUUGGAUUGUACAACUUUCCAUGUUCAGAGCAGAAGUGCAGUGAUCAGUCUGUCUUCAACUUUUAGCCAGUUGAGAUGGGAGUGCAUGCUAUUGAUGUUAGUGUUGUACAGACACUGGAGAGCAAGGCGUGCUGCCUGGUUCUGUACUAGCUGAAGUUUGCUUAUAUCUUUUUUGUGACAUUCGCUCAAUUAUUGCCAGUUAUUUGGCAGUAAUCAAGCUGCGAAAGAAUAAGAGUACUUAAAACAAGUUUAGUUAAAUCCGGUGUAAGAUAUAUUCUGGGUCGCCUUACUACACCUAAUGUCUCGCCCAAUACUUUUGACCAGGACAAUUUGUCAAGGGUGAUGCUUAAAAGCUUGGUUUCCUUUACUUUCUGGAAAGAUGUUUUAUUUAUAAAGAGUUUAAACUCUGGUUCUCACCUUAGAGAAGGAUUUGAACCAAAUGCUAUGCUUUUUGUUUUGGAUAAGUUAAGUAUCAGUUUGUUUUUAAAGAUCCACUUUCCGAUAAUAUCUAGCUCCCUGUUCACAAUGGUAGUCAAAUCAGCAGGUGUUGCUGCUGAUGCAUGUAGUCCUAGAGUUGGGGGUACUCCCCAGAUAUAAAGCUAAGCUACGAACACACUCCAUACUCCAUAACCUGUUGUUCUCCUUUCCACAAAGUUAUGUUGUAA